AAUGUGCACACUGGCUAGGAGAACUGUGACCCGGUUAUCUUUAAACUACCAAAUUCAGUAACAGUAAAUCAGUGCCUUCAGUAAUAUUUUUUAUUUCACUUCCAUUGACUGAACUGUUUCGAAAGACCAUCCUCCCACUAAAACUGGGCUUAUUUGGAAGAGCUGUCCAUGACUCCUCCAGGGGACCUCGAACCCCGGGUUGGGAAGCACACACAGAGCAGAAAUGGGCGUGUUUAUUUACAGCUGAGAGGCAGCAGCAGCUCUGACUCUUUGAUUCUGUGUGGAUGGAAUCCAACACGCACGUGUUGCUUUGGUUCUAACUUCGCACCGUCUCCGAGGUGAGUGGCUGUUAGUGUGAUGGAACACUGAGGAAUACUGCAGGGAGAAGACAGACUGGGCUCAUGGAGCGGAGGUCGGCUCUGGUGUGGAUCUGUCUGCUGGGGGCUGGGCUCGCCCUGGCCUCGUCCGUCACGACCUCCAAGGCCCUUCCUCGACCUCCGCGGCUGCUUGGCUGCGUGUUCCUGAAUCGAGCUAACGUCACCUGCCGCUGGGAGGCCGGAGACGCCUCAGCAACACGCUACACCCUCCAAAUUCAGAGGAUACCUGGAGCUGUGGCCUUGACAACAAACACCGCUCUGAAGACGUUCACCUGCACCACGUCUGACACCAGCUGCACGGCGGAUCUCGCCAGAUCGUCCGUGAGGUUCACCUUUUGCAUCGCCAUCACAGCUCACGGCCGCAGCAGCAACAUAUCGUCCGAUCGUCGCUGUCAGCCCGGGAGGAUUGAAAUGAUGCUGCCUCCAGUGACUUUGAUCAGCGUGAAGCCAGUGAAUGGGACACCUCAGUGUCUGCACGUGAUCUGGAGUCGCACCCUGUCGGAGUUUGCUGUGUCUGACACUGACAUCAAGAACGGAAGUCUGAAUUCCCAAAUUGAGGUCACAGCAGAAGGGCAGCUCGAUAUCCAGGUCACAAAAGUGACAGUGAAAGACUACAGCUUCCCAGUUUGUCUCCUCAGACCCGACACUUCGUACACCGUCAGACUCCGUCACCGUUACCGGGGCCCAGAGAGUCCCUGGAGCCUGUGGAGCAACGCACAGCAGGGAAGGACAGCAGAGGACGCUCCAUCUGCAGCUCCAGCAUUCUGGAGGCAAGUGGAACAAACAGACAGGAACGGGUGGAGACGCACCUCGCUGCUUUGGAAGGCCCUGCCUCGCGUUCUGGCCAAUGGCAGACUUCUCUUCUAUAAUGUGACUUGUCAGACAGAAAGUGCACAAAUUCUGAACGAUCAAGGCACCUGCAGAGAUUUGCACCAAACACGUACUUCCUGUACUUUUCUCCUUCCUGCUGAACGCUGCUCCUGUGCCCUGACGGCCUCCAACUCUGCUGGGACCUCGCCACGGGCCCAGAUAUGGCUCUUCAGAGCCUCUGAGACAGAGCCACCGUCCCCGAGACAACUCACUGCCUGUCCACUGGAUGACAACAGUGUAAACGUUAGCUGGACGGCUCCAGCCAAUCGAUCAGUGAGUGGCUUUGUCUUGGAGUAUUUUGCUGUCCGAGAGAAAGACGGCAGCGUCCUACACUGGGAAAGAUUGAAUAGUUCUCAUACAACAUUUGUCAUAACAGAGGGAGUGAAGCCGAUGGAGCGUUAUGCUGUUUCUGUCAAAGCGCUGUACGGUGAGCGAUGGGCGGGGAGGAACAGGACCCUUCACAUCUAUACACGCCAGGCAGCACCAUCAGCUGGUCCUGUUGUGGAGGUGCAGCAGAUUUCUGGGGGCAGAGUGAAGCUCAGCUGGAGUCCUGUGCCUGUGGAGCUGCUUCGAGGAUUCAUCCGCAACUACACACUCUACUACACCGCUGCAAAGCAACCAGACAGGAGUGUGUUUGUUCCUGGUAACGUUUACCGCUUCACCCUGGAGGACCUGUCGCCCGGAAACUACGACAUCUUUAUGCAGGCCAACACUGACGCCGGCACUGGAGCAGCUGGGCCCACUGCUAAUGUGCACAUAGGCUCUGAGGAAAUCUCAAAGAUGAUGUAUGUCAUCCUUUCUCUCCUGGUGACCGGCUCACUCGCACUGGCACUGAUGGCGUGCCUGGCACAGAAAAAGAUAAAAAGGAAGCUGUGUCAAUUCGUUCCUGAUCCUUCCAACAGCAGUCUGGUUCACUGGAUCCCAAAGACCACCUCACAGAGUAUGAAGCAGCCCUCGGAACCAGAGAGGCCUCAAAUCGAAAACUCUGAGGUUAUUUUGUUUGGUGAAAAUGAGCCUCUCAACUAUGACCUGGAUCAGACCACUGAGAAUUUCCUCAUCUGUAAUCAAACAUAUUCAUCUCUUCUGGAUUCGUCUGGGUUUGGUGUUCCUCAAAGUGUCCAGAUGUCCAAGAAGUUGUUCAGCAGGGGCCCACUCAGAAAACCCUUCACCACUGAUCUCUCCCCCAGCCCCAUCCUCUACUCCAACGUGGUCUUCUCUCACACUCUCAAAAAUCCUGCUGCACCUCUUCUGUCCCCUUCUCCUCACCAGUCCUGUGAUUGGCGGCAUGUCAGCACUAGUGAUGUGAAGCUGCUGCUCGGUGGAGGCAGUGCAGCUUCACCUCAGCACCAAAGCUCCUCUCCCUUCUCUGAUGUCAGCAGUGUGUCUCCAUCCUCGGCCGUACAUCCGCACCCAGCUGACGUCACUUCACCCAAACGCCUCUUUCCUCAAAGCCUCUGCAGCUCGGGCCUGUCGCUCCAGCCUGACACCUUCACCCACCCCAACCUUUCAUCUCUUCUUCCUCCCCUUUUUGUGGAUUUCUCCUACUGUCCUGCUGAGUGUGAUAAUCACACAUCCCCUGCUGUUUAAUUCCAUGACAGGGAGGUGCAUACAAUAUAUAAUGUCAUAUUGUUUAUGUGGCUUUUACAUGUCCUCAUGAUGCCUGUGAAGUGCUUUACUGUGUGAAAUGUGUAUUACAGUGUCUUUAAAGAAUGUGUACAACCCCUUUGACUUAUGAAAACCAUCAGUUUUUCAGAACUUUGAGAGCAGAUUGUUUAUCAAAAAUAGAUUUUGUGUUUCCCAUUAUAUAUUUUUUUCUCCAAUAUUUUUUUUAUCAGAUCUGAUCUGAUAUAUAUUUAUAAUAAUAACAAUAUGACAAUAAUAAUUUAAUUGAGGAACUAUGAGUUUCCAGAGUUGUGAAGUCAUUGUUCCGACUUUGAUCCCCUAAUGUUCUUUAAAAAUGUGAAAAUAACAUGGACACUGUAUUGACUCAUCAACGUUUAAAAAACGUCUUGACACUUUUUGACGCGAUAAAUAAAUAAAUAAAUAAUUUAAAACAUAUCCACGUUCAUAAAAAAAAGCCUGUAUUGACUAAAAAGUGGUGUCAGUGCAAAUGAGUCCAAGUAUAAUUUAUAUAAAUUGUGUUAUUUGUAAUUGAGUCAUUACAUUUCUGUAAGUGUGUUAUGAGUAAUGAUGUUUUCAUUAUGUAUUUUUUAUGAAAUACCUCUAUACAAAUAUAUAUAUAUAACUAUUCUACUUUGCUGGUGAAUGUAAAACUGCUGCAGUUACAGACGAGUUUAAUUUUGAUGAAACAAAAACAACGACACAGCAAACUAAAGCUGAUUAGAUUCUGUUAAAAGCUUAACUUCUUUAUAUUCAUCAUUUGCCUUUCACUCAAGCAGCUGCUUCCCUGUACUGAUGCAGGUUAUUGUGAGUUUUGCCUUCAGCACUUAACAUAUUUGUUCUGUUAUGUAUUUACAGUUUGGACAUGAACGUUCUGGCCUCUUUGGAGUUCUCUCAGUUGGUCCGUGUUUCUUUAAAAUUCUAAUAUUUCACAAGAGCGAGAGCUAAAAUGCUGCCAACUGCAAUUCAGUCGUACCACUUUCGUUGUACUGCUACAAACUGUGAUUACUUCAGAGCUAAACCUCUUUUCAGUUUAUUUUAUUUAUACGUUUGAGCAUGAGACUGUCCGUCAAUGUACGAGCAGCUGUUUCAACAUUAAAA